AUGCUAUAAACUUUACAGCGAAACCUGUUGGGCUGAUGCUAUUCGUUCAGGAAAAAUGCGAAGGGAUAAUGCUAUUUUAUUUAGUAAAGCUGUGCGACAUUGUAUUUAUUGUUAAUCUCUGGUGUUUAGACCAAUUAACUUUUUUUCUAAUCAAAGUUCAUACACUGUAUUUAAACUGUUACAGAACAAGUGGACGCUUGUGACUCGAGCUUGAAUAACCUUGAGUGACAGGUAUCGUGAUUAGCCUGGAAAUCCACCCUCACUUUUAAUUAUAUUCAUCUUUUAAAGCUAAGUUGAAAGAUGCACUGCUUGCUUGCAGAGGCUUUUUACCGGAACUGGUGUCAGAAACGUUGUUUUCCGCCUGAAGACGUUUAAGUAUGUGGAGCGGGGGCGCCUUUCCAAGAGCAGCAUCAUCGUAUACCGGUUUUCUUUAAACUUUUGCUACUUAGGUACUUGCUCGUGUUAAGAAUGGUCGAUAGCUGCAAACUAUCGUUUGAUUAAUUGCGGAUAAUAAGGUUGCGUUACUGGCGCAUUUGUUGUUAGGAAACUUGGCUGGUUUGUUCACUAUAUCAGUAUAUCAAUAAGGAAGUUCCCCCACAUUAUCGGCGUCUCAUUACUGCUUCAUUGAAGAGAUCAAAUGUCGAUUUUUGAUUCAACACAGCACGAGGACGUUUUAAUAAAGCGGUGUGUACUAUUUGUAGUAAUUCCAAAUUUGCACAUCUGCCCACGAGCUGUUUAUACCGCAGAAAACAAAGUCCAUGUUCACAAUAAAUGUCAAGUGAACUUAACUUGCUUGCAAACAGCAUGACUGAACGACGUAGAAACCUAUUUCACGGUUCGCAAAAUGAUCGAGACAAAAAAAUGGUCUAAGCGGUAGGUAGAUGAGAUCUUUUGCUACAGCAGAUCUCAUGUAGUCUGCCAGUACAGUUGAACAAUCUCUGCUAGAGUACUAUGCCUUAGUGUCACUGAGAAAAGUAUCGAAUUUAUCUAUAUGCUUUGUUUUGUUUGCUGUGUCUUAGGCCUUUCACACGACAGAAGUAUGGAUGCCAAGUUUUAGUUUUCGCAACAGAUGGAUGCCUUGUAAAAAUAGUUGUUCAGGAUGCUGACGGGUGCUUGGGACAACAAAUCAUUGUGUUUUUAUGUCGCACUAGAAAGGCUGGAAAAACAAUAUCGACGUUUUCUAAUAAAUGUAGCAUGGAUCUUUGGUUUGAAAGAAACUGAAGAGCAGUUAGCAUCACUGGUACAAUCCCGGCCUCAAAUAAUGACUCCCAUUUCAUCAGGUGCUUUAACAUUUCAGCAGCAGGUUUCGGACAGAGGGCCAAACUUGAUCGCCUCAAUCGAUUUUCAGCUGUUAUCUGCCUUGGCCCUUGCUGUCUGUUGUUUUAUGAAGUUAUCGCUGUGUGUGAGCUGCAUGUUUUACCGACAGUGUAAAUGGAUCUAUUUAGUGCUUUUUCUCAUUUAAAAAGCAAUUUAUCAUUUUCUGUCAUGACUGCUUUGACAAUAGAAUAUCAGAAAUCAAUUGCUGAUAGGUCACUCCUGGUUCAAUGAAUUCUGAUACUUUCUCAAAAUUCCGUUAUGAAGAGGCUUUGUAGGGUGCAUUAUACAACCAGUGACAAGGACGUUAGCUAUUCUAGCCUCAGUGCUAAUUAAUUCUCCAUCUUCCCUCUUCUUGAAACAAGUAGCGUCCUCGCUUCAUCAAGGCAGUGGAGGUGGCCUUAUAGCCAAGUGAUCAUGUUCGGGGACGUUUGGGGAAAAUGUAAGCGGCUGGUGGUUUGGCUUAGAAAGACAAAGAAUAAAGGUAAUGAACAAAACUGAAAUCAUGCAGUUUACCCUUGAAGAAUAUACCUUUCAUAUUUAGAGGGAAAUCUUAUGGCCUGAAUUGAGUAGAAAAAUAUUUUCAGCAAACUAAUUCUUAAAGCAAUUCUUUUACGUUGAGAAAAAUAUUCAUUUAAAAUAUUUUUUUGUUAGCCCUAAACUCAUUUCUAAAGAUCUAACAUUUCGACGAUAAUGAUGCAAGUAUAUACUUCUUCGUGUAGUAAAAGUAGGUUAUUUUUGCCAAAUGCUGCAAUAAGAGUAGAUGGAUUUGAACAGAAAUUGAACUAGAAUUAUUUCCCAUAGGUAGCGUGUAAACUCUUGGUCAAAGGGUUGUUUGGGCAAAAAGAUAAAAAAACGAUUCAAGAAUGAGCAAAGUCAUUAUCAUUUACUGCUACAGCAGAUGUUUCGGAAACUGAAGCACUCAAAACCAGCCAUAUGUUAUUGUAACUAAACCACGGUGCAUCGUCCUUAUAAAUAUAAACAUGCUUCCUUUCUUGUAGUAAGUUUCAGGAGCGACGACUGCAAUUUUACUUUAUGAGAUUACGAGUAAUAAUGAAGUAGAAUGUUACUAUGGAUAUCCUUGUUUCAUAUACGUGACAUUGUAUAAAUUGCGUUUUGUUUAUACUCAGUAACUGACCUUUAAAUGAAUAACUUAAAUCAAGUUUAGUUAAUCCAGGCAAGCAGUCUUAAAUACCUCUCAACAAGUUUUUCUCUAUCUCAAAAAGA